CGUAUGCUGAUAAGGCAUCUGCAAAGUCAUCAUUCGUAUCUCCCUAUUCAGUGAUUAAAGAUUCUAUCGUAAUUAAAGAUGGUAUAAUUUCGGGUUGUCUUAUUAACUCUAAAAACAAAUUAGAAUUUAUUUUUGAAUUACAUAUACUGGAAGUUGGUGCUGUAAGAAUUAGAAUUAAUGAAAAAAACUCCUUAAAACCUCGUUAUGAUAAAGUAAAAGAUUGGGCUCUUGUUAAAGAUCCAUCAAUUACUUUAGAAUAUAAUCAAAUCUCUUCUAAGCCAGAAGUAAUAUCUUUUUCUUUUGGCAAAGAAAACAAUCAAACGAUUUUAAUUCAUCAUUCUCCGUUUCGAGUAGAAAUUUUGGUUGAUAAUGUACCCACGAUCAUAUUGAAUGAUCGUGGCUUUUUUAAUUUCGAACAUUUGAGAGAAAAAGGGCUGAAUGGCAAUGGUGCCUACUCUGAUCCUUAUCGCUUAUAUAAUCUGGACGUGUGUAAAUAUGAAAUAGACAGCCCGAUGUCACUUUAUGGAUCUAUUCCAUUUAUGAUGGCACAUAGAAAAGGUGCAUCAGCGGCUGUUUUAUGGUUAAAUGCGUCAGAAACAUGGAUUGAUGUAAUUAAGAGUAAAGAGAAUAAGUAUGAUUCAUUAAAUCUACCUAAUAGUAAAUCUCUUAACUCGACUAAAACUCAUUGGUUUUCCGAGUCUGGCAUCAUCGACGUAUUCGCUUUUACCGGCAAAACUUCUGAAAUAUUCUGUCAGUAUGGAUUGCUUACUGGAUUUACAGCACUACCUCAAUAUUUCGCGAUUAGCUAUCAUCAAUGUCGUUGGAAUUAUCUCGAUCAGAAGGAUGUUGCUGAAGUAGAUGAAGGAUUUGAUAGACAUAAUAUUCCCUAUGAUGUAUUAUGGUUAGACAUUGAGCAUACUGAUGGAAAAAAAUAUUUUACGUGGGACGCUGAUAAGUUUCCGGACCCUGAAAAAAUGCAAAAAGAUCUUAUGAUAAAAGGGCGAAAGCGAGAUGAAAGUUAUUAUAUAUACAAAGAAGCUAGGGAUCUCGAUCUUUUUGUCAAAGAAUCUGAUGGUAGUUCCUCGUGGGUAGAUUUUACUAAUCCUUCUGCGCAAGAAUGGUGGAGUAAAAAAUUUUCAUUUGAUCAAUAUAAGCAUAGUGCAACUGCUCAAGGACUCAUAAAUCGUACCGAUCCACCACGUCGACCUUUUGUACUCUCUCGAUCAUUUUUUGUGGGUUCUCAACGUUAUGGUCCUAUUUGGACAGGUGACAAUGCUGCAAGUUGGGAUUAUUUGGCUAUAUCGAUUCCUAUGGUAUUGACUAUCGGUAUUUCUGGGUUACCAUUUUCUGGAACUGAUGUCGGUGGAUUUUUAUUUGAUCCUACGCCUGAACUCCUAGUUCGAUGGUAUCAAGCAGGAGCUUUUCAACCGUUCUUUCGUGCACAUGCUCAUAGAGAUACAAAAAGACGCGAACCAUGGUUAUUUGGUGAUCCAUAUACUGGUUAUAUCCGUGAUAUAAUCAGAGAAAGAUAUUCUUUGUUACCUUUAUGGUAUACCCUAUUCUACGAAGCUAUCUAUCCUGAUGACGAAAAAGUUUAUGAAAUGGACGAUCAAUUCUUUGUUGGAAAUUCGUUACUUGUCAAACCUAUUGUAGAGGAAGGUCAAACAUCUACUGAAGUUUAUUUUUCAGGAAAUGAGAUAUAUUAUGAUUAUUUUACAUUUGAAAAAAUUUGUGGAUCUAGUAAAGUUCGAAUUAAUGCCCCAUUAAACAAGAUUCCUGUCUUUUUACGCGGUGGGUCCAUUAUUACAAAGCGGCAGAAAAUUCGAGGUUCUUCAUCGGAUAUGCAUUUAGAUCCUUUUACAUUGGUGAUUGCCUUAAACGAAGAUAGUGAAGCAAUUGGCACUUUAUAUCUAGAUGAUGGUGAAACAUAUGAUUAUGAGAAAGGAUAUUUUGUUCAUCGUCAAUUUACAUUCUCUGCUGUAAAAUUGGUAUCUAAAUCAUUGUCAUCAUUAGAUAAUGAUAAAAAUUUAUAUGCCCAGUCAAUUAGUUCUGUUCAGGUUGAACAAAUAAUAGUAUUAGGACUUGAUGUGAAACCUAGCAAAAUUAUCGCACAUUAUAAUAAUCGCGCAGAAGAUUCUGAAUUACAAUUUGAUUUAAAAUGCUUUGGCAUAUCAUCUGAAGUUAAUACUACUAACGCAAUCGUCAUAAAGGGUUCUAAUAUGUUGAUUACUGAAGAUUGGACG